AUGUUCUUCAAGCUCGCCAUCGGAUCCCUCGCCGCGGCCGUUGCCUUCCUGCAGGUCAACGCUGAGUCUCAUACCGAUACCUUCAACAACAAGUGCGGCCGUGGCACUCCCUACUUGUAUUCACAGACCGGCCAGCUCCUCUCCACCGGCGAGGCGUGGACCAGCGACGGCGAGGCCCUCGGCCUCAUUGCAACGCAUCUACUAGGUGGCUGCGGUACGAAUGGAGAAGAAUGCACCCUCGUUGAGGCGACGCUCAAGAAUGGCGCUAGCUCUGCCGACAUCUCUUUGAUCCCUCCCCAUGUGUUCUCGGUGACGAGUGGCCUUGGCUACUACGACGGCUGCGAUGACGACGGUACCGACUGCACUAGCGCUAGCUGCCCGAAGGCAUACCGCAAGCCCGGCGACAACUUUGCUAUCGUUGGUUGCAGCGCCGACAACGUCAAUCUUGCCUUUACAUUCUGUGAUUAA